AUGGGUAAGUUUAAGAAAACACAAAAAAUAUUAAAAUUGAAAAGGGUUAUAAAUCCAAAUGACAAUAGGUUAAAACAUAAUAAUGACAAAAAAGUAAAAAAAAAAAAUAAAGAUGAAGAAAAAAUAAAGCAAGUUGAAGUAAUUGAUAGUAAUUUGUUUUUUAAUUAUAAUGAAAACUUAACCCCACCUUACAAUAUAAUACUUGAUACUAAUUUUAUUAAUUCAAGUAUACAAUAUAAAAUUGAUAUAGUAAAAGGUUGUUCAGAGUUAUUAUUAGCCAAAUGCAAUAUAUUUAUAACAGAUUGUGUUGUAGCAGAAAUGGAAAAAUUAGGUCAACGUUAUGCGUUAGCAUUAAAAUUAUUAAAAGAUGCCAGGUUUAAUAGAUUAACUUGCGCACAUAAAGGAACAUAUGCAGAUGAUUGCAUUGUUAAUAGAGUUACAGAAAGUAGGUGUUACAUCGUUGCAACAAAUGAUAGAGAUUUAAAAAUAAGGUUACGAAAAAUAGCAGGAGUACCCAUUUUAUAUGCAAAAAAUUUUAAAUACAAAAUUGAAAGAUUACCAGAUAAUAUUAUGAUAUAA